AUCAAGAUCUCUUUGUGGACGUGCUCCUGUGUUCCCUGUGAUACUCUGAUCCCAGGAUGAAUAUUUCCAAGCGAAUGUUUCAGUUUGUAGUCGUAAACCCUUUCAGGAGAGUCAGACACAAUCCAUGCUGCACGUUUGUACAAACCGCACAUGCUAGUACUGGCGGAGCCAAGAGUCUACAGCUGUCUCAUCGGUCGCUGGUGAGGGUGUGUGGGUCAGACAGUGGAACGUUCCUACAGGGACUCAUUACUGCUGAUGUCAGCACACUCAGAGAUCAACACACCCUCUACUCCAUGAUCCUCAAUGCACAGGGACGUGUCCUCUAUGAUAUAAUUCUCUAUCACCGCGACGACAAUGAUCAGCUGUUAGAAUGUGACUCUCGAGCUGCGGCUGAUAUUAUGAAGCAUCUCAAGAGAUAUGCUCUCAGAGCCAAGGUGGAGAUUUCCAGUGCUGAUGCUGAUCACAAGGUGUGGGCGCUCUUCCCUGGUUGUCAUGGAGAUUCCUCGCAUAGCAGUGAUUCAGUAUUCCCGGAUCCCCGUCUCAAUGAGUUUGGGACCAGAAUAGUCACUGAUUCGUCAACUGAACUACUCAACUCAAAAUACGGUGCCACUGGAGCCACCAUCGACGAGUACCAUGCCCACCGACUGGUGACUGGCCUAGCUGAGGGAGUGGAAGAAAUACCUGUGGCCCGCUGUUUUCCUCUUGAAUACAACCUCGACCUUCAACGUGGAGUGAGUUUUGACAAGGGCUGCUACGUAGGGCAAGAACUGACUGCUAGAACCCACCACACUGGAAUGGUGAGGAAGAGGGUCAUGCCCGUCUCUCUGGGCAGGAGUCCUAAGGAUAAAAUCCCCACUGGUUCGACUCUAGUGAACGACAAAGGCAAAGCAUUGGGAAAGUUGAUCUGUUAUCGAGGUAACAUCGGACUGGCUCUGUUGAGAGUCAAAGAAAGCUCACAAGAAAAUGUGUUUCUGAAGGAGCCAACUGACAGUGAACAGUUGCAAGUGUUUCCACACAAACCAAACUGGUGGCCUUCAGACUUAAUCUUAUAAUAAAAGUUAUAGCUCCAUUAUCAUGCUAUGAAAUCACUUGAUGCAAUUACUUAUAAAUGUAGUAUUAUUACUGCUGAAUUAUGUGUUUCACAAUCUCUACUGUCGUUUGUUCUUGUUUAGUGGCCCUGAUACCACAGCCUUAUUUAAUUAUAAUUUGUUGUUUUAUUAUGAA